AUGAUGCGUCGCCCAGGUGUGGAGUACUGUACAGCCACGAGCUCUAUACACGGAACCUUGGGCACGCCUUCCUCGUCAAGCCUGCUGCCGGUGUCGCGCACCUCCGCAGCGGACAACUAUAGCUCAUGCAAAAGUGGAAUUCCUCCACUGACGGGGACGCUGUCACCAGCGCCGCUGCAGACGCCGCCGCCACCGUCGUCAUCGUUGUUCACCUCCGGGUUCUACGACGCUGGAGGCAGAGACGUGAGAGAGACCAAGCACAACACGCAGCGGCAACAAAAGGUGCUGCAACAGGAAGAGGAAGUGGCGCGUCUCGAAGCUACCUUGGCACGAGAACGCGUCGAGAGCGCCGACUCACUGAACGUCGUUCGAGCGUCCCUGCAGCGCGAGCGCUUGCGGUCCACCAUGGCGGAACAAGGGCAACAGGCUGCUCAGGCAGAGGCCAAGCAGCUGCGCAUUGCGCUCCGGGCUCUCCUAGCUCAGCCCCCCGACAGUAGCAAUAUUGUAUCAUCAUCACUGAUGGUGCCUGUUUCCCUUUACGAAGAGGCGCGCCGCCUCCUCCUGCGGUGUAAAAGGGCGUUUGCGGAGCUGAAGGCGCUCCAGCUGCGCGCCACUGACUCCGCUGGUUUUCAGCUAUUCCACCAAUACGACAUUCCGGCACUCGACGAGAUUCCGCCUGCGUGGCCGCCUGAGACACCACAGCGCUGCGGCAAAGAGGAGGAGGAGCCCGCGCUCGACGUCGCGCGUGGUGACUGUAGCGCUCCUUCUACCUCUGCCUCCCGCGAGAAGGUGGCCACUGGCACUGUCUCGCUCCCGAUGGAGGAGACGCCAAUUGGACCUGAGGUAUCCGUGCUGACCACUGUCUCCCCCGACACACCGCACAGCACGAGUACUGAAACGCAGCAGCUCAGUGCGGUCACAACUGCCAGUGAUACUGCAGAAAAGUGGCAGGAGAGGGUCAACGUACUCCCUGCCCACAACCCUUCAAACGUAGUAGGCAAGCCCGACAUCGGAGGCGAAACCGUCAGCGCCUACUGCGGUCGUAGGCCACGGCCUGUCCUCCUCAGUCCCCCGCUCCCAUCGCCGGAACCCAGCAUCCUCAACACCUUGACGCCCUGGACAGGACCUAUGCACGAGUUUGCCGAGUCGACGACCGUUCUUUCUUCCGCAGCGUCGCAGCAACUCGACGCGAUGCACCCCCCGCAGCUCCGUGAGGGGGAGGAAGAGAGGGCGAUCCGUGACGCAGAUCGCCUUCUCCGACAGUGGGCAGAAAAGGUAGAAACACUGGCAACGAGGCAGGGACUCCGUGCAGCGUCUGAGGUAGCCGCGCUGUGCCGCCGCCACGGGCUGCACUACAUCGACGCUGCGUUUCUUCCCGUGUCGGAGACGCUUGGCCUUGACAGCGGUCGCGGUUGCCGCGGCUACGGUCCAGGCUGCGGCACUUCGUUUGUGGUGCAGUGGUGCCACCGCGACACCGUCGUGCCGCAUGAUAGGAAAGCUGAGCUGCUGACAAGCGCCGGUAUUAACCCGAGCUCGCUGCGCUGCGGCCGACUGGGCGACGUUGGUGUAGUUGCCGCCUUGGCUGCACUCGCCGAGGCCACUGGUGCGGUGACGAGCGUGCUCGCCAGCACGACGAGUGAGGACGAGGACAAUGGCCUCUAUGUGGUCUGGCUCUGCAUGCAUGGCUGGUGGACACGCGUCUCAGUCGACGCGUAUCUGCCGUGUGUCAUCGAACAAAACAGGUUUGUCGCCCUGUACGGUUGCAGCAGCGCCACCACCCCCUACGACCUCUGGGCACCGGUGUGUGAGAAAGCGCUAGCCAAAGUAUUGGGUGGCUACCACUCGCUCAGCAGCCUCACGGCGGAGGCGGCGAUAGGCAGCUUUACGGGAGGACCAGUCGAGUGCUGGGAUUGGUGGCACAGUCGUAGCGAUACGGCGCUGGAGGAGAUGGAGGCGGUGCUUAAUACAAACGCGCGCGGCGCAGGUGUAGUGUUGCUCUCCACUUUUUCAACGGCAGUCCUGCGCGACACGCCCGCAAGGCCGGUGGCUGUGGCUGGGGCGCAAGCGGCCUACCAGCGGCUCGGGCUUCAACCUGGCACGUCGUACCGGGUGCUGGCCGUGGCUGACAAUGCGGAGGGUGAUCCAAUGGUCCUCCUGCGCAAAUGGACACGACAGUGUGAGCAACAGGAGGAGAGUCAAGUGGACCGUCUCUUUGAUCGCCAUGCCGAGGAUAGCGGCGGCGGUGGCCGUUGCGUUAUCUCGCCGCCGCGGGACAGCGACGAUGGGAUUGCUGCCGCUGAGAGAUGGUUGGCAAAGCUGCCGCCACCGUCGGGUGUGGCUCCGAGUCACGGCGACUCGUGUGUUUGGCUGAGCUAUGCCAAAGAGGUGCUGCCCUACUUUGAUGGCUGCCACGUGUGUUUUGACUGCCGCCGGUACCACGACCUUCGCAUUCCAAUUAAAUUCUCUGGCUCUAGGCUGGCCAUUCCAGCGCAGAUCGUUCGUGUUCGUGUGCGAGAAGGCCCUGUGAGGCCUACGCACGGGUUGACGCGCUGUCCUACACGACUGUGGAUUGGGUUACACCAGCCAUGCACCUCCGCCGCUCACAAUGUAGCUGUUCCUGGUGCCUUUCUGUGGGGACUGAAGAUGACUCUGGUGGGUCAAGAGGAGGCUCUGGCACCCUUUGGAGGAGACGGCGACCGUGUGCGUCCGGCGCGCCGGUCAUACGUUUUGUCCGAGUCCUUCUUGGGCGAACCAAAGGAGCUGCCAGCGGUUUGGAUGUACUUGGAACUGGAGUCAGCCACCGACGCUCCGCCUGAUUCUGCCACCAUUCUCAGAGAGGAGGACACCGAUGCGCCGAGCGUGACGACCGAGUUCUUUGUUGUACCGCAAAUGGAAUGGAUCGUGCGGAAGGACAGGGCACACGCCAGCCAAGAUGAUAAUGGACUUGGCUCUCUGGGGGUUGGCGCACCCUGUGCUCAGUCUCGGCGCAGUGUGGAACAAGACAGUCAACUCCACCACAUCAGCAAGUGUGCUGCACCGUGUGGCGACGGAGGCAAGUACGCAGAUGCUGUGGCGCGUGCGCUACGUCACGACUGCAGUGAGCGCCAUCUCCCCAGCCUAGCUGAACACUCAUUUGGCGAAACCACGACGGCUAUCGUGGCAGUCUUGGCAGAGCACAGGGAGUCGUUGCUGGUAGACGUCGUCGACGCACCGGCGGAGCUGCGCGCAGCCGUUUAUCACGACGUGCUGGAUCGUAUCGACUUCUCUGAUUGUACACUUGCAGGGGGCAGUGGCCGUCGCCAUAUAUCCCACCUGUCGCUGCCAGGUGCCGCUACAGAGCAGGGUGAGGUGUGCUGCCAGCUGAAUGGCCGCUGCAUGCCAACGUUUUCAUGGUGA